ACAACACAGAAAUAUUCUUUGCCUAGCCUUCAACAACAUAACAUAUCCAUUAAAUAAACUUCGGCACAAUGUCUGCCGAAAAGGAAAAAGUAGACAAAUCUAAGUUAAACAACCAGGUAAAGCAUGUACCAAAGGAUGCACAAGUAAUAAUGUCAAUAUUAAAAGAGCUGAAUGUGCAAGAUUAUGAACCGCGCGUUAUCAAUCAAUUGUUGGAGUUCACAUAUCGUUACGUGACUUGUAUAUUGGAUGACGCGAAAGUAUUUGCAAAUCAUGCUCGGAAGAAAACAAUUGAUUUGGAUGAUGUAAAACUUGCCACUGAGGUUGUUUUGGAUAAAGCCUUUACAUGCCCGCCCCCUCGUCAUAUUCUGGCAAAACUUGCAGAGGUCCGAAAUGCGAUGCCUUUGCCGCCUAUUAAACCACAUUGUGGUUUGCGUCUUCCUCCUGAUCGUUAUUGUCUAUCAGCCUGCAACUACAAACUUCGUGCUGCUAACCAACCCAAAAAGAUGACAAAAUCCGCGUUGGACGCGCGCUCCACUAUCAAAACACAGAUGAAGAGUGCUGGUGGCAGUGGUGGUGCAGGCGUAACUAAGCGCCAAACUGUUCUUGCACCAAAGACACAAGUAGUUACAAUACCUAAGCCAGUGAUAAAAUUCACUACGACCACUAAAACGGUAUCGGUGAGCGGUUCGACGGGAAUCGGUAGCAGUAUAAAUGUUAAUAGCGGUGGGGUCGACAGCGGCGACGUUAAGAUGGAGGUUGAUCUAGAUACAAGUGCAUCUGCUGCGGUUGGUAGUAUUGGUGGAAGCAAUACAGGUGGCGAUGGAAGUAGUGGUGGUGUUAAACGCGAGCGAGAAGAUGAUGAGUUCGAAGUAGUACAAUAAUAUAAGAGUUUUACAUAAUGAUAGAAAAUUUAAUGAUCUUAAAGUAAACUAAAUUCAGCUUGUACUUUUUAAUUAAAUAUAUUUUUUUCCUUGUUAAGAACUAA